AUGUUCAACUUCAAGUCAAGUUUAGAAAAAGCUCAAAGAUUCAAUCAUUUCUAUUUCAUACCAUUAUUUGGAUUAAUUUGUUGGUAUACUUGGUCUUUUACAUUAAUUGGAUUAUGGGUAGCUGAUGGUGCUAGAACAUAUCCUGAAUAUGAUGAAAAUGCUAGUCCUUUACCUUUACAAAGAAUUGGAGUUAUUUUAGCUCCAGGAUUUUUCCUUUCAUUUGUUGUAAUUCAUUCAAUUGUUUUCUGUUCGUCAAUGUACUUAGAAUUUUAUCACAGAAAAAUUGGUAAAUUAAUUAAAUUUAUUAAACCUGAAUUACAAAAGAAAUUGGCUUGGGCUUCAUUAUCAGUUGGGGUGUUGGCUCAAUUAUUCUUUAUUGCUCAAUCAGUUUGUGGUUAUAUUUUUGUUAGUACUAUGAAUAGACAAGCUAAUCAUUAUGCUGAAUUAUUAGCAGUAUUUGCUAUAUUAGUUAUGAUUUCAUUAGCUUUAAAUUUCACCAAUUAUUAUAUUAUGGGUCAAUAUUAUAGAAAAUAUGUUAAUGGUGAAAGAUGGAACAAAUUCACCAUUUCCUUUAUUCUUAAGAUUAUUUGGUUAGUGGUAACCAUUUUCUUAGCUAUUAUUUGUUGUGCCUUUUAUGUUAAACAUAGAAAAGAUAUUGCUGAUAUCUUUGAAUGGUGUUUCCAUUUAUGGUAUGGUUUAUUAUUAGCUUUCUGGACUUAUGAUUUAUACCCAUUAACUGAAUUAAAAGCUUUGAAACAAAAAUCUGAAGGUUUAACCCCAACAAAGAAGAAAUUCUUCUCCUUUGGUAAUAAAGAAAAGGAUAUUAGAACUGCUAUUACCAAUGCCGAUUCUAAUUUAACUCCAAGUGGUUCAUCAUCUUUUGAAUUUGAAUCUCCAGGUUUUGAUUAUACCAAUUAUAAUAGUCAAAGUCCUAAAUAUUAA